AUGCUACCGUUUCUUGUCGAGGAUUCGUAUCUGACGCAUUUGGUACUUGUGGGACGGUUUCCAGUGCAUGGCGUUAUUACGGGCUUGGCCAAGGUGACUCUGAUUCCUGGAAGACCCGAUCAGCUGAUAGUCUGUACCAAAGAUGCCAAGGUGUCCAUCCUGUCGUUUGAUCGCUGUAUACACCGACUGGUCAACGUGUCGCUGCACUGGUUCGAAGACGAGGCCAUCAAGAAUGGUAUGAUGUCCAACCCCCACGAAACGAUCAUCUGCGUGGAUCCCAGCAAUAGGUGCUGCGUGCUGUACACAUUCGGCCGCUGUCUCACCAUCCUGCCGUUCAAUCGAAAGGAGGACAUAGGUUUUAACGACGAGAUUGCGAACGACACAUCACGAAAGGACAGUCGCGUGAUGCUGCACCACACGCAGAGCACACACGGCAGCAACGCCGUCACAACAUCGCACUCGGUGGGACAAGAUCUGAGUGUGUGGGGCGACGAUGUCGGUGCACUCAGGCGCAUGAUCAGACCAUCCUAUACACGGCCCAUCACAGACUACGACGCCCGCAUACGCACUGUGCACGACAUGGCGUUUCUCCACGGGUACUUUGAGCCCACUUUGGUCGUGCUGUAUGAGAGCAAUGACACGUGGGAGGGUAACCUGGGCAGCCGCAGCGACACCAUCAGCAUCAUUGCACUCUCGCUCAAUCUGGUGGACCACCAACAACACGUCAUUUGGCACGUCACCGAUCUCCCGUACGAUCUGCGCCGCAUUCAAUUGGUACCAGAACCGCUGGGCGGGCUGAUCCUUCUGGGGACCAACUCCAUGGUCUAUCUCAACCAAUCAACGCCCGCCUACGGAGUAAGCUUGAACUCCAAUAUGGAUGGGUGUACUAAAUUUCCGCUCGUGCCGCAACCGGACGCGGUUUUGGCGCUCAAUGACAGCGUCAGUGUGUUCCUGGACGAGAGCCGCAUGUUCCUCUCAACAGCCAACGGUAGCAUCUACUCGGUGGUUCUAAAAAUAGACGGCCGCAAUGUCAUUGGCUUCGCCAUACAAAAGGCCGGUGCCAGCGUGAUACCGGCGUGUAUCUGUGUCAUCACCCCAGGCCUACUAUUCCUGGGGUCGCGUUUGGGAGACUCCUUGUGCAUGACCUAUGAGGACACGCUAGACAAGAACGAUGAGGAGGCAAACGUGCAUCUGCUGAAUGCACUCAAAAUGGCUACAGCGAGCACCAAUGAGAACGGCGGAAAGUCGAAGGAGAAGAGUGACUUUAGCACGAAACGAUUGGCCGAGGGUGAUCUAGAUGAUGAUCUGUUCAUCUACGAAGUGGACGAUAAGGGCACUGAGCACACGGACGAUUCCAUUCUGAGCUUCAAGGUGUGCGACAUUCUUAUGAAUGUAGGGCCCAUCACCGACUUCUGCUUUGGUGAACCGGCGUAUGUCUCUGACGAGUAUGUGCGCGAAGACCGCUACGAUCUCGAGUUGGUCACAUGCAGCGGACACGGCAAAAACGGCGCACUAUGUCUUAUGCAGAGGGGUGUGCGGCCUCAGGCUAAUGGGUGCAAAUACUGA